AUGGGCAAGUGCAGCGGGCGCUGCACGCUUGUCGCCUUCUGCUGCCUACAGCUGGUGGCUGCACUGGAGCGGCAGAUCUUCGACUUCCUGGGCUACCAGUGGGCCCCCAUCCUAGCCAACUUCCUACACAUCAUGGCCGUCAUCCUGGGCAUCUUUGGCACCGUGCAGUACCGCUCCCGGUACCUCAUUCUGUAUGCAGCCUGGUUGGUGCUCUGGGUUGGCUGGAAUGCGUUUAUCAUCUGCUUCUACCUGGAGGUUGGACAGCUGUCCCAGGACCGGGAUUUCAUCAUGACCUUCAACACGUCCCUGCACCGCUCCUGGUGGAUGGAGAAUGGGCCCGGCUGCCUGGUGACACCUGUCUUGAACUCCCGCCUGGCCCUGGAGGACCACCAUGUCAUCUCUGUCACCGGCUGCCUGCUUGACUAUCCUUACAUCGAGGCACUCAGCAGUGCCCUGCAGAUCUUCCUGGCACUGUUCGGCUUCGUGUUUGCCUGCUACGUGAGCAAAGUGUUCUUGGAGGAGGAGGACAGCUUUGACUUCAUCGGUGGUUUUGACUCCUAUGGUUACCAGGCGCCCCAGAAGACGUCGCAUUUACAACUGCAGCCUCUGUACACGUCGGGGUAGCUUCUGCCCUGCGCCACCCCGGCGCUGCUCCCUCGGCGGCUGAACUGACAGCCCCUGCGGCCAGAUCGGGCCAAGAUGGGCAGGCGCGCCCCCUGGUGGCUCGCGGACCAACUGCAGCCUGCG